UUGGCAUAUAUCAAGGGUUGAAAUCAUGGGACCCAGCGGCAAGCGUGCGAUCACCGCCUUGCUGUCGUUCUUAUCCGGACUACUCAUUUCCCAACUUAUCGGAAAUGGCUCCCCUGUCUUGGUGCCGAGAUGCCCUGUGCAGCUGAGAGUGGUGGGAAACUGUUCCUGCAACGAUCUACGGUCUCAGUUGGGCAAGUGCCAGAGUCGCAAAUUCGUUACAAAAUUUGAAGCCGGCCAUGUCCCGAUGGUGAAGACUUUCAAGAAAAAAACCAAGAGCCAACGGAAAUUCUUCCUCGACUGCGGAGCAAAUGUCGCCUCAAGUGUUCAGUUAUUCAGAGACACGUACCCUAAAGGCCAGGAAUAUAUCAUUCACUCCUUUGAACUGGACGAAAGGCUGGCGCCAUAUUUCGCACCAUAUUCGGACCACGUGUUGCACUGCCCAACGGCUGUCUCGGACAAUGAUGGUAACAUGACGGCAUUUUCGGAGUCUGCCUGGGCUCCUGACAAAGGAAAGAACAACAAUAUAGACAUGCAGUGGGGAGGGGGGACGCUGUACGUGGACAAAAAGGAGAAGAUCGACACUGUUUCUGGAGGAAGAAGGAAGCUAUCCCACCGCAAGACUGUGCCAACAGUGGACUUAUCACAAUGGAUACAGCAGAACUUUGCAACAAACGACCACAUAAUUUUGAAGCUGGACGUGGAGGGAGCAGAAUAUACCAUACUGAAGAAAAUGCUGCAAGACAAUACCUUUCGCUGGAUUGAUAAGUUUUACGGAGAAUUUCACCCAGGCCAACCAACUGGCUGGACUAAAGAGCAGAAGCGCAAAUUGAUGGAUGAUCUGAAGAAGAACAAGAUAAACCAGGUCAGCUGGGCGGCAGAGUUACAGAAGUACGGAGAUAUGGACACACUGCACAAAUCACAGGUGCCUGCCAAGACUCCGGGCUCGCCGGGAAAAGUCUACAGCUCCUGCGGGCCCAGCAGCCCGACCGUACCCGCCCGGGUAGCAGUGGUGGUGCAGGUGGGGAUGAACGCCAAGAUGGCGCACAGGCUGAUAGAAACCAUCCAGGCUUACACAUCGCACAUUCCCCUCAGAGAGAUGUUCCUGGAUAUGGUGUUACACUGGUCCGUUAACCACACCAUCGGCGUCCGGGAGGGACAUCCUUAUCCAAUGGGGCACUUCGACUUGGUACAUCAGAACUGGAUUCACAGCAACCUCAUCAUGAGUGUGCUUAGGUUACAGGAACUUGACAUUCAGCCGGCCUACUACCUCCCGGCGAAUGUAAGUGACCAAAUGAAGGAUGUUGCCAAAAAUAGAGGUUUGCGUAUCGUGCAGCCGACUGCGGCUUUUCCACCCACAUCAGGCACCCUUCUGACGUACAACAACUACUAUCGCUUCAGAGACGUGGAGCGCGUUCCCAAGGCGUUACGGAUGAUCAGUAGCGCGCUGGGGAAGACGGGAGGGGUUCUGGUCCUGGACUCAGACCACCCCGACAGCUACAUGAACUCCGUCUUCCUCCUGGACUAUCUGGUGGAGAAUUCCGGAUUCCAGUUAGUUAGGAUAGAAGACUGUAUUGCGGGAGUUUGAACCGUGUUUUGGUGGGAACUAGAAUGUUUCUGCCGUCAAAGAGCACAAAGUUGCCAAUAUUAGACAUAGAUGUUAGAUAUUUAGAAUGUGGGCUAGAGUUGAAGUCCUUGCCUACAAGGAGACAUUUACUAUUGUUAUCAGUAUAAGGUCAUUGUUGACACGUGCACUUGAGUACUACGUACUGUUUGCCUAUUUAAUACGCUCUUUUACAAAGUUCAAGUAGAGGUCAACACUUGGAGAACAUACCGUUCCAUUGUAAACGUUAAGUGUUUGGCAUUUUAUGUAGAAAUGGUUCAUGAAUUAAUGCUGCUCCGAAUAUGUCGCUAGGUUCAAUCCAACUAAGAAUAGAUAUGGACCGAAAAGUGA